CGGGAGCGGCCGGGGGGAGUCACAUGGUCCGUGCCGCACUCCGCGAGUCUCGCUCGCUUUUGUUGUGAAGGGCAGCAGCGGCGCAGCCGGGAGCCAGCUCAGCCCGCCGCGGUGAGGGCGGUGGCGGCGCCAUGGAAGUCAGCGCAGAUCUCAUAGUAGUGUGACAAGUGUCCAAGACAUUUUCAGUGUGCAAGAGUAUUCAGGAUAACCAAUGGGACUGCUCCUUUUCAAAAGUGAGGGGGAAGGUAAAAUUAAAGGUGGUGUGAUAGCGUACAUCAGCUCCUCCAGCUCAGCAUCUAGUCCAGCCUCUUGUCACAGCGAAAGUUCAGACAGUGGUUUCCAGUCAUCCUCUUCGCCUGUACCAUCUUCACCAAACAGUUCCUCCUCUGAAAGCAGCUGUAACAGCAGGAGCAGCGAGAGCUCCGACAGCUCACCAAAGAACAAUCAACUAGAUGAUGCCAUUAAAACAAACCAGUCUAAGGUUGCUGGAUUGACCAAGGGCCACAGUAGCGUCACAAAAUUCAGUGGCAUGGUCCUUCUCUGUAAAGUCUGUGGAGACGUUGCUUCAGGAUUCCAUUAUGGGGUUCAUGCUUGUGAGGGCUGCAAGGGCUUUUUCAGAAGAAGUAUUCAGCAAAAUAUCCAAUAUAAGAAAUGCCUGAAGAAUAACAACUGCUCUAUAAUGAGAAUGAAUAGGAACAGAUGCCAGCAGUGCCGCUUCAAAAAAUGUCUGUCUGUUGGAAUGUCAAGAGAUGCUGUUAGAUUUGGCCGCAUUCCUAAACGUGAAAAACAGAGAAUGCUGAUUGAAAUGCAAAGUGCCAUGAAGACCAUGAUGAACAGCCAAUUCAAUGGCCACUUGUCAAAUGAAGCAUUAUCAGAACAUCAAGAGCAAGCACCUGAAGAACUUGUAUCCAAACCCCAACAAGAGCAGAACAUCAAAAGUCCUUCUCCUUCACCUCCACCACUUCCUCCUUCUCCCUCUGACAUUGCCAAGGAAGAAGUGAUUGGUAUGGUGACCCGAGCCCACAAAGAUACCUUCAUGUACAACCAGGAACAGUCACAAAACCCAGCUGAGGCCGUGCAGCCACACAAUGGGGAGAGAAUUCCAAAGAACACUGAACAGUAUAGUUUGAAUAGCGACCGUUGUAGCAGUGGGCUUAAUGACAUCCAUUAUACUGAAAAUGAGCACUAUCUCAGUGGACAGUACAAAGGGAGAAAUGUAAUGCAUUAUCCAAAUGGGCACACCAUUUGUUUGACAAAUGGCCACUGUAUGAACUUUACCAACAGUUAUACUCAAAGAAUAUGUGAUAGGAUUCCAGAAGAUGGGUUUUCUCUAAAUGAGAACAUGAAUGGUUACUCAUGCAACACUGGCGGGAGAAUGCAUCUGGUUUGUCCAAUGAGCAAGACUCCCUAUGUGGAUCCAACUAAAUCUGGCCAUGAAGUUUGGGAAGAAUUUUCCAUGAGCUUUACUCCUGCAGUGAAAGAAGUUGUGGAGUUUGCAAAACGUAUCCCGGGGUUCCGAGAUCUUUCCCAGCAUGACCAGGUCAACCUUCUAAAGGCUGGAACCUUUGAGGUUUUAAUGGUACGGUUUGCAUCUCUGUUUGAUGCAAAGGAACGUACUGUCACCUUUCUUAGUGGAAAGAAGUACAGCGUGGAUGAAUUGCAUUUGAUGGGAGCCGGUGAUUUGCUCAAUUCCAUGUUUGAAUUUAGCGAGAAGCUAAAUGCCCUGCAACUUAGUGAUGAGGAAAUGAGUUUGUUUACAGCAGUUGUCUUGGUAUCUGCAGAUCGAUCUGGAAUAGAAAAUGUCAACUCCGUGGAGGCACUGCAGGAAACAUUAAUUCGAGCGCUACGGACCUUAAUUAUGAAAAACCAUCCAAAUGAAGCCUCUAUUUUUACAAAACUUCUUUUGAAAUUACCUGACUUGCGUUCCUUAAACAACAUGCACUCUGAGGAACUCUUGGCCUUUAAAGUUCACCCCUAGGCCUUCAGCUCUUGAUGGUACAAGGACUUGCCUUGUAUUAAGCUAUUUCGUGCUCAGAUAUUUAUAUAUUUGUACAACUUGUUGGAGAGAGUACACCAGAGUGAGAAUGCUGUGCUGCCAGCGGCUGAACGUUCAGAGUCCUCCAAUGUAUCUGAAAUAGUCUGUUGCAGUUCGGCUGGAGAGUUUACUCUGAAUCUGAAUAGAUGUUGACUGAGGAUUUUUUGUUUUCCUCACUCAACAAAAAUAAAAAAUUCAGCUCCCUCUGAUGUAAACCCAAUACAUAAUGGCUGUGUUGGAACAUGGACUUGGGUGGAAACAAUCCUGCACUGCCAAGGAAAUGAGAGAGAUGAUUUAUUUGUUUUUUCCUGCAUCUGAUAUAUGGACUUGUGAGGAAAGCUCUUGGUUCACUCAUGGUUUCACUGUUCUUGCUCCAUGAAAUUUGAUGGAAUGAUUUCAAUCUAGACCAACCCGUUAUUAAGUACGCACACAUGCCAUAUGUAUAUAAUAUAAAUAGAGACAUAGUGGGUGUUUAUGACCAUAUAAAGUACAGAGUUGUGUGUAUAUACAUGUAUGUAUAUAAAUAGUUCUAUAUAAAAAAAAAUAUAUACAUAUAAUUUCUUCACAAUAUUUUAAACUGUGAAGGAGUUAAAUCUACAAAAGAUGGUGAUUUAUGGCAAAACCAAAUAGAUGCACUUUGUGUAUUGCUAAAUAUCUGACCGUUUCUAAUUUUUAGAAAACAUCAAAUUUGCAUUGAAAUGCUGUAUUUGUUAAUUUAAGAAAAACUGUGGCACUAAAUGCACAGGGUCAGGUUCAGACUUUAUAAUGUCACACAGAAGCGAAAGGAAAUUGUUCAUGGUACUAGUUAGACUGAUUAUUCUUUGCCACUAAGUUCUUAUGGUGUGAUAACGGUUAAGCUGCUGAACACUGUUCAAACUGUUCAGGACAGCUGAAAGGAAAUUAUUAGAUGAGUAAUAGACUAUUGAUUCCUCCUGGAGGAAGAUUUCAGGAAAAGUAUAUCCAUCUAAUUAUCUGGAUUGCAUUAUUUAGUGUGCUCUGUGACCAUUUGUUUCUUACACUACACCAUUUUGCUGCUUGCCUGCUAGAUGAGAUUUGAAUUCUGGAAUGUGAGACAUCCCUUCAUCUUGUCAUAGUCUGGGUUUUCCCUCCUUCAUUUGUGUGUUAAUAUUAGAUCUGUAUGUUUUAUUUUGUGUAGACAAAGUUCCACUGGAUUUUCUGAUUUCUUUCCCCCCCCUACCAGCACCCCCUAAAAAAAAAAAAAAAA